UAUUUUUUCCAAAGGGUUGAAUGAGAUGAUGUCGGGACUUAUGUCAUCCAUUAUGUGCAUUGUCAAGUUAUUCUCGCUCCCGGCUACGAGUAUAAAUAUGGAGAUGGUCGGAUCCACAGAUUUACAUAACCACUGGAACUUGGAACGUUCUGCAUUGAGAUCCUUUUACCCAUUCCCUGCCCACAAUUCCACCGUGACCUCCUCCUCGUUUGUGUUUCUCCCCUGCUAACCUGUGACGGACCUAUUCUCCUGUUUCUGAUUCAAUUCAUUGGGUCACCAAAAUCCCAGCAUGACCAACCAAAUUGUGAUAAACAGUCGAGAUGACCCAAAGCUUCACUUCGUGCUGGUUCCGCUGAUGGCCCAAGGCCACACGAUCCCCAUGGUCGACAUGGCUCGCCUGCUUGCCAAUCGAGGUAUCCAUGUCAGUGUCAUCACCACGCCCCUCAAUGCUGCUCGAAUCAAGACCGUCAUCGACCGUGUGAAGGCAUCGCAACUUCCGAUACAAUUUGUAUCUCUCCCAUUCCCGUGCAGUGCAGUAGGCUUGCCCGAGGGGUGCGAGAACAUCGACACCUUGCCUUCCAACGGUCAUCUCAGGAGCUUCUUGGAUGCAUGUGCUUUGCUCCGAGAGCCGCUAAUAUUGCACCUCAAAGAGCAAAAGCUGCGCCCAAGCUGCAUCAUCUCUGAUGUCUGGCACACUUGGACCGGAGAUGUCGCUCGAGAGUUUCGCAUCCCAAGAUUCGCAUUCAAUGGCUUCGGUGGCUUCUCUCUCCUCUGCAGGCACAUCAUCCUCACCAAUGAAUUGCACAAAAACAUAUCCGAUGAGGUGGAAGUCGUCGUCGUGCCUGGAUUUCCCCAUCAUCUAGAGUUAACAAGGGGCCAAUUACCCGGAAACAUGGGCGGGCGAGGCAUGGACAAAUUUUUGGAGGAGCUGAAGGAGGACCUGCGAAGGUUCGAUGGCACGAUAUUGAACACCUUCGAUGACUUGGAAGCUUUGUACAGCGAGAGCUACCAAAAGGCCAUAGGGAAGAAGGUUUGGACGAUUGGACCGAUGUCGCUCUGCAAUAAAGAUGCUGCGGAUAUGUCUGCAAGGGGGAACCUAGCCUCGAUCGAUGGUAACCAUUGUUUGCGCUGGCUUGAUUCCAUGAAGCCAAACUCUGUGAUCUAUGUGAGUUUUGGAAGCAUUGCCAGCCCUAUUCCUCCACAGCUUGUUGAGAUCGGAUUGGGCUUGGAGGCCUCGAACCGUCCUUUUAUUUGGGUGAUAAAAGCUGGAGAUAAGUCUCCGGAGGUGGAGAAAUGGCUAUCGGAGGGGUUUGAGGAGCGGGUGAGAUCGAGGGGUCUUAUCAUUAGAGGCUGGGCACCGCAGGUGAUGAUCCUUUCACAUCCGGCGAUCGGAGGGUUCAUGACGCACUGCGGAUGGAACUCAACGCUGGAGGGGGUGACGGCAGGUGUGCCAAUGAUAACAUGGCCCCACUUUGCAGAGCAGUUUCUAAAUGAGAAACUGAUGGUGGAGGUGCUGAAAAUUGGAGUUGCAGUAGGGGUUAAGAAGAUGACAAGAUGGGGGGUCGAGAACAAUGAAGUAUUAGUAAAGAGGGACGAUGUACAGAAGGCAGUGAGUGCAUUGAUGGAUGAAGGGGAGGAUGGGUUGGAGAGAAGGAAGAGGGUUAGGGAAAUGGGGGAGAAGGCUAGGAAGGCGAUGGAAGAAGGAGGCUCAUCUUACGAGAACCUGACUCUCCUCAUCAAACAGGUCAAGGCUGACAUGCUCGCACCAGCAUAGAAAGAGAGGGCUCAGGAGAGGAUUAGUUUUAUAUUUGUUCAGAUCUGGGAGCUGUGAUUUUGUACCAUUUUUUGACGUUUUGUCUUUUAGUUUUUCCAUUUUGGUUUUUCUAUCUAAACUGAAUACCAUCUUUCCAAUGAAAGAAUGAUUCCAUGCUUCUUUUUUAAUGUGAACUGUUGGAUUGCAACUUGCACAUCUCUGAAAAUAAUGCAAUAUCUUCAUUUCAU